AUGUCAAAGUGGUUCAAGGGCAAAGGGAAGACUUCUCGUUCAAAGAACACUAGUACUGCUCCAGUCUCUCAAUCAAAUGCCACGACUGCUAGCACAAGCAGCGGCUGGGAGAAGACGCGCGAUACGGCGAUUCCGAUCCUGGAAUUCGUCUCCAACAUUGCAGAAGCAUCUGACAUACUUUCUUCCCUCAAGGCUGCAUGUAAAGCUACAAAGCAGAUCCUCGAGAUGACACGCACCAUGCAGAACAACAAGGAAGACUGGGAACGUCUCACCAAACGUCUUCAAGGUCACUUGGAGUCUAUGAACGACCUGAUCGCCAAGCUAGAGGCGGAUCCUGAGAGGAAUCGUAAGACGAAUGAAUCUUUGCAGCAACUACUUCGAGAUUAUGCCAAGCAAGUUCGUUACCCAGGCGUAGGAGACCUGGCUUACAUUAUGAACAGAAAGCUCGAUGAAAUACAGAAGGCAUUGACAGACGAAGAGCGAGCCCGUUCGCGCCUGUGGUCUCGAGCAAGAAAGAUGGACAUGGAUGCCGGCAAUAUUCGAGAGUUUCAUCAAGAUAUCGAUGACUGUCACCAGAAACUUAUGACUGCUCUUGCUAUAUCCUCUGCGGUUGAUAUUCAAACCAUCAAAGGGGAUACUAAGACUCUGAUGAAAGACGUGGAUGCGAUUGCCAUGACGCUGUUACCAGUCUCCCUAUCGAUUUCAUCAUCCACAGUACACAAUGGCUGCAAUCCGAAAACCCGAGUGGCCGUUCUCAACUCCAUCCGCAUAUGGGGUGAAGGCGAAUUCAAUGAACCCAUCUUCUGGCUCUGCGAUAUCGCCGGCUCCGGUAAAUCAACCGUAUCAACUAGUAUGGUCAAAUUCUGGAAUGAAAAAGGUCUCCUUGGUGGUCAUUUCUUCUUCUCAGCCGCUACAAGCGACGAGUCUACCAUUGCCAACAUGUGUCCAAGCAUUGCAAAGCAAAUGUUCGACAACCUUCAGAUGUUGAGGCCGUUUGUCGUGGAUGCGGUCAAAAGACACACCUCAAUUAUGACAAGCCCCUUCGAGGAGCAGUUCCGAAAGUUGAUUGUUGAGCCAAUCAACCAUCAGAACAUCCCCGUUAUAUUGGUCAUUGACGCACUGGACGAAUGCAAGUCUGUCACUGAACGAAGAAGGCUUGUCGAAACGCUUUCUAUGGCUGUUCGGGAGAGCGCAAACCUUAAGAUAUUCAUGACAAGUCGACCAGACCCUGUCAUCCAAGCGGUCUUGGGGUCGCUCCCGUUCAAAGCCAAGUUGGAGGACAGGCUCCACGAUGCCAGUCAUCCUGAUAAUACCAACGACAUCGCAAUCUAUAUAGACGAGGUGAUCAAUGGAAUGCUCGCAGAUGAUAAAAAGCGACACCUAGUCGAAAAUUCGAAUGGGUUGUUCAUCUGGGCAAGCAUUGCAUGUCGGAUGCUUAAAAGUGAAACAACAUUGGAGACCCCUGAGGUCAUAUACGAUCGUCUGGUCUCAUUGGACCAGCCCGGAGAUCUAGACCAUAUAUACGACCUCAUCUUCGAGCGCAUAGACCCAAAUUCUUUCACAAUCAUGUUUAAGAUGCUCGGUAUAUUGCUCGCAGCAUUCGAGCCACUCAGUACCGACGACUUGGAGGACCUUCUCAAGCACGUCGGAAUAAGGGGAAAUGUCAACGCGUUGAUUCAGAAUCUAGGGAGCGUACUCAGUGUGGACCGAAAUACGAACCUCAUCCGAUUCCGGCAUCAUACGCUGGUCAAAUACCUUCGACGGCGCUCUCGCGCUUCAGCCGCCCAUGGCCACGAUAAGGCGCAUAUCGACAUGGUGGAGGCACAUGGUCAAGUAGCAUCGUGGUGUCUGAAACGGCUGGUUUCAUCGACCGAAGGUGUCAAGUUCAAUAUAUGUCAGAUCGACUCCUCUUUUUACCUGAAUAGACACAUCCCGGACAUCGACACAAGGAUAUCGACCUUCAUCCCAAGAAGACUCCACUAUGCCAGUUUGCAUUGGUUGUUCCAUCUGGCGGAAACGGACGACACCUGGCGAGGUAGGCUCAAGGGCAAACUUCAGCACAUUCUUCAAAUCCCACUUGUAUUACACUGGAUGGAGAUUGUGAGCUUGACGAGAGGGGUGCCACGAGCGAUAGCCGGGCUUCGAGCAGUUACACGCCAUCCAAGACUUGAAGGAAAAACUAGAGUCAGAAUGACGGAUAUUCGACGGUUUAUGAUGGCAUUUUCAGUGCCAAUCCAGGAGAGUGUUGCACAUAUAUACAUCUCUGCGCUUCCAUUUGCGCCCAAGAGAUCUAUAUUACAUGCUGAAGGCGAAGGGUGGUUCGCAAAUAACCUGGCCGUGAUUCAAGGGCUCGAGGAAGAAUAUCCCGGGCUUCCCAGAACUCUUCGAGGUCACCAAGGUUCCAUUAUGGCCAUCUCAAUCUCCCCCGACGGCUCGCGGAUUGUCUCCAGCUCAGCAGACAAGGCGAUUCGACUGUGGGAGGCAGACACUGGUCAGCCGCUGGGAGAACCCCUGCAAGGUCAUGAAGGGUGGGUGAGCGCUAUCGGAUUCUCUCCAGAUGGUUCGCAAAUUGUCUCCGGCUCAUGGGACAAGACUAUAAGAUUGUGGGACGCAGAUACUGGUCAGUCGUUGGGAGUACCACUCCGAAGUCACGAAGGCGAGGUUUGGGCUGUCGGAUUCUCGCCGGAUGGCCUACGGAUCGUCUCUAGCUCCGAAGAUACCACGAUUAGACUUUGGGAGGUAGACGCUGGUCAGCCCAUAGGAGACCCGCUCCGAGGUCACAAGGACUCGGUCUGGGCCGUCGUAUUCUCGCCCGACGGCUCACGAAUCGUCUCUAGCUCAGAAGAUAAGACAAUUCGACUAUGGGAUGCUACGAUUGGUCAGCCGUUGGGACAGCUACCCCACGGUCACAAAUCCCCCGUUCGAACCGUCGCAUUCUCGCCAGACGGUUCAAACCUCGUCUUUGGCUUUGGAGACAAGACGAUCCAGCUGUGGGAUGUAGACGCUGAUCGGCCGUUAGGGAAGCCUCUCCUAGGUCACAGAGGCUCGGUUCUAGCCGUCGCAUUUUCGCCCGACGGCUCAAGGAUUAUUUCUGGGUCGGAAGAUGGUACGACUCAAAUGUGGGAGGUAGAAACUGGUCAGCCUUUCGGGGAGCCACUUCGAGGGCAUGGAGGUUGGGUCAACACGGUCGCGUUCUCACCAGAUGGCUCAUGGAUCAUCUCUGGUUCGAGUGACGAGACCAUCCGGAUGUGGGAGGCAGAUACUGGUCAACCGUUGGGAGAGCCCCUCCGAAGUCACGAAGACGAGGUCCUAGACGUCGCAUUCUCGCCCGACGGCUCUCGGAUCGCUUCUAGUUCGCACGACAAGUCAGUUCGUCUGUGGGAGGCCAGCACUGGUCGCCCGUUAGGAGAACCACUGCGAGGACACGAAUCCUCAGUGUUGACCAUCGCAUUCUCGCCUGACGGAUCACGAGUCGCAUCUGGCUCGGAUGACAACAUGAUUCGAAUGUGGAAGGUAGACACUGGUGAACCGAUAGACGAGCCACUUCGCGGCCACACAGGCUCAGUAAACGCCGUUGCGUUUUCGCCAGAUGGCUCGCGAGUCGUCUCUGGUUCGAGUGACAACACGAUUCGACUCUGGGAUGUGGCUACCGGUCGAACUUUGGGAGAGCCGCUCCGCGGGCAUGAACACGAGGUGUUGACUGUCGCAUUGUCGCCAGAUGGCACACGAAUUAUCUCUGGGUCGAAGGACAAAACGAUUCGAAUGUGGAAGGUAGACAGUGGUGAGCCGAUAGACGAACCACUUCGAGGCCACGCAGCCUCAGUCAACGCCAUCGCAUUUUCGCCAGAUGGCUCACGAAUCGUCUCUGGCUCGGACGACAUGACGAUUCGAUUGUGGGAGGCGGAAACUGGUCAACUGUUAGGAAACCCAUUGCGAGUCGAUGGAUUCCCUGUCUUGACCGUUGCCUUCUCGCCAGGUGGCUCACGAAUUGUCUCUGGAUCGGAUGAUAAAAUGGUGCGAAUAUGGGAUGUAGAUACUGGUCAACUGCUAGGAGAACCAUUUCGAGGUCACCAGAGCUGGGUCAACGCUGUCGCAUUCUCCCCAAGCGGCUCACACGUUGUAUCCUGCUCACGUGACAGGACGAUUCGACUAUGGAAGGCAGACGCGGGUCAGUCGUUGGGAGAACCACGCCGCGUUGCCCAGUCCUCAACGCUGGCAGUCGUAGUCUCGCCCAAUAGCGCAGCCUCAGUGAGGGAUAUAGAGACUGCCGCUGGGGCUCACAACGCGAAGCAGGAAGCCGGAGAGCCUCCAGGCCUGAUUCUCAAGGGAGAGGUACAACAUACUCCUCUAGGAAUAAUAGUGCCUGGAUUCAAGCAGUGCUCAUUGUCGGAGGAUGGCUGGGUCCAAUCUUCCGAUAAACAUCUGUUCUGGGUACCACCCGAAAAUCGGCAUGGACUCAUUUACCUAAACCAUUUGACUAUCCCGAUCACAAGCUCCUUCCGCGCAACCAAACUUGACUUUACGCAAUUUCAAUGUGGUUCGUCUUGGACCAAUGUUCGAACAGACUCCAACUAG